CCCUCCACGAUGCUGCUACUAGCAGCCCUCGCGCUCACCUCCGCCCGGGCGCAACUGACCCCCGAGCAGCCGUACAGCCCCCCCUCGCCCGCAGCGGGCACGACGCCGUCGUCGGGCACCCCAAACGCCCAGUGGUCCGCGGUGCUCGGCAACGCGCUGUGGUUCUACGACGCGCAGCGCUCCGGCCGCCUCGACACAGGGAGCUACCCGAACCGCGUGCCGUGGCGGCAAGACUCGGCCGUCGACGACGGCGCGACCGUCGGCGUCGACCUCGGCGGCGGGUGGUACGAUGCGGGUGAUUGGAUCAAGGCCACUUAUCCCCUCGGCAUGACGAUGUGGGCGCUGUCCUGGUCUGCGAUGUCGUACGGGCCAGGGUUCGAGGCGGCGAAGCAGACCGCGUACAUGGACAGCACGUUGCGCUGGGGCUACGACUGGCUCAUGAAGGCCCACCCCGCCGACGACGUCCUCUACGUGCAAACCGGCAGCUCGGCGCACGACGGCGGCAACGCCUACUGGGGCCCGGACAGCGGUUUGCCGGGCAACCGCGCAUGCUACGCGGUGAACGCGAGCUAUCCGGGCACAGACGCGUGGGCGUCGACGGCCGGCGCGUUCGCCAUGGGCGCCCUCGCAUACCAAGGCACACAAUGGAACACGUCCUCGUCCGCGUGGGGCCCGGCGCCGCUCGCGAACGCGAGCUACGCGCAAACACUGUUGAGGCACGCCGAAACCCUCUACCGCGUCGCGAAAGAGAACGAGCGCAAGUCCUUCGCGGACUCGGUCAAAGCCAUCGGGCCGGCAUACACGCCCUCGUCGUUCGGCGACGACUUGUGCACCGCCGCACUCGCGCUCGCAGCCGCGACGAACAACAGCGCAUACUACGCCGAAGCGUACAACCACUACACGAACUAUACGCUCUCGAAAAGCGGCGCGGUGUGGAACUGGGACUCGCGCACGCCCGCCGCAUACGUGUUCUUCGUGGAGCUCGCGGCCGCGCGCCCCGCCCUGGCCGCCGGCGCCGGCCUCGCCCCCAACCUCACGGGAUGGCAGGCCGAGGUCGAGGGCUGGAUCGAGCGCUCGAUCUCGGGCGACGGCGGGCGCACGUACACGUCCCAUGCCGGCCUCCUCCUCUGGACGGGCGACAGCGACCAAGCGAGCCUGAACCCCGCCAUGUCUUUCGCGUCUCUUCUGCUGCGCUACGCGCCGCUCGCGAGCGCCGACAAGGCGGACACAUACCGCCGCUUCGCACAGUCCCAGAUCGACUACUUGAUGGGCAAGAACCCGAUGAACGUGCCGUACAUCGUCGGGAUGCACCCGAACUCGCCGGCGGCGCCGCACGUCGUGCGCGGCUCGGGGCUCACGGACGAAAGCAACCUCCGCGACCCCCCCGCAAACAAGGAGACGCUGUACGGCGCCGUGCCCGGCGGCCCGCGCCCCAGCGACCUGUGGUGGCCGUGGCGCGACGACUGGGUCCAGAACGAGAUUGCGCUCGACUACAACGCCAACCUCCCCGCGCUCGCCGCGUACCAGCUCGCGAGCGGCGCGGGCGAUCCGUACUAUGUCGGCGUGACGCAGGCGUAUACCGUGCCCAGCGGGCAGCCGUGCGACGACGCGCUGCCGUGUAAGCGCGGUCUUAGUGGGGGCGCGAUUGCGGGGAUUGUCAUCGGGUGUCUCGCCGCGGUCGUUAUUGCUGGCGUCGCGCUGUGGUGGUGGCUCCGCCGGAGAUAGAUCUGAUAUAUGGACUUUGGAUCUCGAUGUGGUGGGCGGAGGCUGUGGUGUGGGGCUGGAUCCAGCUUCCUUGUCGUCGAUACACUUUGUGGCCGCUGCCGUCAUGUCAUAAGUUCAUCGCGUUCAUCAAUGUACAUAUGUUGCUUCUAUGCGG